GAAUUAGAUCUUUUCAAAAUUAAAUUCAAUAGUAAAUUUGACACUGAACAAAGUUUGUAUUUUUAUAAGAAUCUAUGAGAAUGACAAUGAAUAGUGCGUUAUCAACGCCCUAAAUAUUUGUUCAGCAACAUGGUACUUUUUAUUAUGAGGGUCAUUGUGUUUUUUACAUUGAAUGAGAAAAUGUCAACGCCCUAAAGUGUGGUUGCCUAUACAGCCAAGGUCAAUGCUACUGUACAACUCUACACUAGUCUGGUCCCUGACCAAAGAUUCCUUGACAUCUCUUGUUAAAUUCGACAGAGCCUAGUCAGAGAUUUUCGGGUCUGGGAACCAGACUAACUCUACAAUGGGGAAAUACACAGCACAGUUUAAUAACAACCAGGGCUGAUACAUGGUGCUACAUGUCCAAGACUCCUUCUUCCUAUGUACAUGUAUGGAUGUUUUUUGUGUGUGCAAUAAACCAACUCGAAGUCGACAACAAUGAACUCAUGAUAAUUCAUCUGGAGAUCUGUAUUAACUGACCCAUUUAAAAAGGUUAUACCAGCAAUAAACAUGGACGUUCAGCGUGGACAUUGCUGGCGUUGUAAAGUUAAACUGGAACAGACCAUUCACUGUCCUGAUUGCAAGAUGGCGGAGUAUUGUAGCUCAACAUGUGAAAACAGAGACAGAGUUAGACAUAGGAGUAGAGAGUGCCCGUUAUUUGGAACAAGAUCAUGCAACAAAUGCAACAAGAAGGGUACAAUGAAAGAGUGUGCACGUUGCAACUACGCAUGGUACUGUAACCAGGAAUGUCAAAGAAGUGAUUGGGCCAAUCAUAAGGAGUUAUGCAAGAAGACAAAGGCAACUACAACAACAGCAGCUGAUAAACUAACACAAAAACACAUUUUUAUGCGUACCGAUAGACUUGGUGGUGCCCCUUAUUAUUUUGGAAACUGCAUUGCUGAAGACUUCUUGCAACUUGCUAACAAUGAAUGGUCUGAUGGGUCAAUAAAGAAAACUGACUUGAACAGAGAUUAUCAUAUAUUGUCAGCUGGUUGCGGAGACUUACGCAACACUGUCUUGACAGCAGCUUCCCUUCCUGCCAGGUACCAGGGAAGUCUGUACAUCACUCUCAAUGACUUUGACCCUUUUGUCAUGGCAAGGAAUGUCUUGUUUCUCUUUAUGUUGGUUCGGUUUGCAGACACUGAGGGAAUUGAGAGCAGUCUGACUACCAUCUGGUACUCAGUUCACAUUACAAAGAAAGAGUAUGACUUGAUCAAGACCAGCUUGGAUGAGCUCAUUCAGAUGACCCCUCAAAGUCUCACAGAGGUCACUCAAGGGUUGGUCAAAGUUCAAGGUGAAGAUCUUGCAGACAUGAGUCAAGUUUGGGACAAAUGGAGAUCACUAGAAUGCCAACGAAAGAAACAAUCCUCAAUAAAUCUCAGAAAACAAAGAAAAACUGUGUUUGAUCAAUAUAAUAAAGAAAUUGAACAAAACAUUGGUAAGGGAAGGGAAUUCGUUCACACAAAUCAGUUAGAGUCAUCCAGUGCUGAAAAGCAAUUUGAAGAAUGGUUUGACCAUGGGAUGUUCCUCCCCAAAGAAGAAAAACAAGAACUAAUGUCAUUUGAUAACCCGACACUAACAGGGCGUGAAGCUGACAUACCUUUUGGUUGUAUAACUGAAAUUAAAUUCUCAAUCAAUCAAAAUAUAAGCCCAAAGGAUUAUACCUUUGUGUACUGCAUCAAACAAGAUUCACAUCCCUUCAAAGUGUGGGAUUGCUUGAGAGUGAGGGAGUCUGAGACCAGACCCUGCUCAUCCCCGAUGGUGAUUUACCACAACUACAUCACAAACCUCCUCCAGAAAUUCAAACAUCUCAUCCAGCAACAACGGCUUUCUUUCCAAAUUUCUCUGGCUAACUGUAUGGACUUUCCUUCGAUUCAUAAGUCUCUUAAAAUGUCAAACUAUGACAGGAUAUUCACAUCCAAUCUCAGUGACUACAUCGGCUUUGCCAAGCUCCUGCAAAACUUCAAACCCCUUCUUAACCAAAGUAACCGCUCCUCAGUAAUUGUUACUGAGACGAUAAACUGGAUUGAAUUUUUGCCUAGCGACACAUCUGACAAUUUUAAACUAAGUGCUGAAUCAUACUUAAAGGAUACAGACAGGAAUCCUGCCACCCUUCUUGCAAACCUAACUGACGUAGCACCGACUACCUGGUUAGAGUACUUCGACAAUGCCCCUUACUUCAUUGCAUAUCUGCGUGCACAAAUCAUGGCAGGGGGUCUUGGGAUACCACCAUUGACUUAUUUGCCAUCAUUUGGUGAAGUGAUGAAGUACAAUGGUCUAGAAAUGCGUGACUUUCGUAAGAAGCUGAAUCGUCUUGUUCCAUUUCAAUAUCGAGUCAAUGCUCGUGACUUGACCAGAAUAACUGCAACUGACAGAGCAGUGGAGUGGUAUCUGCCACAUAAUGAGCACUUGGGCCCCGGUCCCACUGGACCCAGCCUUGAUCUCUAAAAUCGAGAAAAGGGCGAUCACGACCCCGCAAUUUCGGGAAAGGGGCGAUCAAAGGGAAAUAAGCGUAAGUGGGAAUGCGAGGGCGAUCAGGAUCUGACCCUGCAAUUUUAAUCAACCUCGGGAAUAGGAUUAAAGCGGGAUCUGAUCGCCCUUGUGGGUUAAAAGGGUGAUCAACGUCUAGUGGGAACGCAAAGGGGGGAUCAGGACCCCGCAAUUUGAGAUCGAACAUCCGGUGGGCUCGAAUGGCGCAAAAAAUUGACACUUGCGUGAUUGUUCUCUACCUGUUGACUUCCAUGGGGAAGAAACAUCACAAAUUAUUGCCAUAGAAAAAACACACGUCGUCUACGUGCCGAGUACGAAGCUCAUCUAAAAGCUAUUAUUGUCUGACAAUUUUAGAGACGUAGUUUGCACAAAACAAUCCUCCUUCCCCAUACAAACGCGACACACGCACUGUGGGACGGUGGCAUCAUGCACUAAUCGGUACGAAAUUGUAACACAAACACUCAAUGACGCAGUGUAUAAGUGACCAAAAAAAACACAUUUCUCAUUCCGAUUCUCUGUGAAUUUAAAAAUAGAACUGCUGCAAACUUCAAACAAAGCAUGUUUCUUUGCAUGUGCAUUAUGUAAGCUACUCUACAAGUCAACUUGUAAAUUUCUUCAACAAAACUAUAAUUAUCCAGUGGCAAAGAAAACAUGCCUCAUUUUAGUCGGGAUCCUGGUAGCGUUUUCUGCAACAUGCCAUGUGGAAGCGGAAAAGGUAAUCACGUCUUUUUCUUCGUUGCAAAAUCGGAAACAUGCGGGGAGGGACGGCGCAAUUUGAUUUUGUUCGUACUAACAACAAAUGCGGUGGAUCAAGCCGUAAAACACAGUACUUAUGCAACCUAUUUAACUGUCGGUCUUCGGUACAUUAAGCACCGUUUUUGGCGCCAUCCUUUAACUGAUAUAUCGAGUAUACUCGAUAUUGAAUUUCCGAUAUUUUGGGGUUAUUAUCGACAGACAAAAUAAUGGUGGCUGACGACGUCCCAUGCAGAGCUCGAGCAGGCUGCGGAAAAGUCGCCAUCGAUGGGUACUUUGUACAUGUACAUAUGCGAGCUGCACACUUGAAUGACUUUUCAUUAGUCAACUCCCGUUUCCAAAAGGCGGAUCAAUGCGCGAUCAUACUCAAGUGGGAAUGCAACAGCUAUUUCACGUCUGCGACUAAUCCUUUUGUGGGAUCAUGAUCUCGCAAUUGUGGACCAGUGGGAACGCAGUCUGUAUCAUAAUAAUAAUAAUAAUAAUAAUAAUAAUAACAGCAUUUAUAAAGUGCCAUAUAUCCAAAAGAUUGCUCAAAGGCGCUGAAAGGUAAAGAGAUGCAUACAGUUAUUAGCAAGAGAUGUUUGAGAUUAAAGUAGUAAGAGUUGUUGUCUAAAAAUUACUUCAAAACUGUGCAUUUGUGAACAAUAGCAAUAACACAAAAUAGUUUUUACAAAAAGAAAAAUGUCUAUGCUGGAAAACUGCUGAUUAAAUUUUUUCGGACUAAGCAUUUAGAUUUUAAAUACCAACUAGGUUGUCGGGCAAUUGUGUAAUCCACUUUAACUUGAGGUAACUUGAACAUUGUUACACUUCUUGCUUAUGUAUAUAUUACAUAAACUGACAAUCAUUUCAAAGAUAGAUGGCAUCACCGUAAAGCGCCAUCAUUUUGUGAAGUGAUGAAAUACAAUGGUCUAGAAACGUGUGACUUUCGUAAGGAGCUGAAUUGUCUUGUCCCAUUUCAGUAUCGAGUGAAUGCUCUUGAUUUGAACGUUAUAACUGCAACUGAUAGAGCAGUGGAGUGGUAUCUGCCACAUACUGCAUGAUAGCCAACACCAAAAGAAGUUUGACUCAAAUUUAAUAUAGCUUAAUCCAAUUAUUCACUGUAAAGAAUCACACUACCCAACAUUUGUUUGACUAUUUAAUGAGGAUUAAAGUGGUAAGUGUGUAUGUACUCUAAAGUUUUUAGCAUUAUUAAUAAUACGAAACUUGCAAGCACCUUCUACACAAACAAAAGUUGUAUUUUCCUUUAAAAAUGCCGCAUAAAUACAAGUAAGUUUUUUGCUUUCAAAUGUAAAUAACCAUACAAUUAAAUACACAAGUAUUGGUAAAGAGAUCGUAAGUUAACCAAGUAAAUUGAUGUAUAGCACCUGGGUCAACUUUUGUUCAUUCAGUCAAAAAGUUGCAUAACUUGUAGGAAGGUUAUGAAGAGUGCAUUCUACUUGUGUCAUUUUAACUUGGAGUAUAGAGCGAUCAAACACACCCCUUUAAACAUUAGAGACCUAAAUUGCUUGUAUGACUCAGCGACCAGUAAAAAAAAAACACUCUAAUAUAAUUGUAGCUUUAAUAACAAUCUGAUCAAAGCCAGAUUUUAAGUUAUAGUAUUUAGACUGUAGGAACAUUUUCAGUUACAAAGCAGGGUCUAAUCUCUGUGGACAAACAAUGUGUAGAAAUGAAACUUUAUGAAGAAGUUGCUGGCUUUUGUAGCCUACAAUGUUUAUGCAAAUAAAUAUGCAUUGCAUGCUUUAGUAAUUAAUAGAUGCAUUUUGUGGUGAAGGGUCAAGUACAGUAACUAAUUUUGACUGUCUGUCAGAUAUUUUAUGCUUUAUUAUCCAAACUGCUUGUUAAUAUUUGAUGGUGAUGGGCUAUUAUUAAUGUUGGAACUAAGAGAGUUAUUGUAAUUAAUUUUAUUUAUUUUUUUUUGUUUCAAUGAUGAUUAUAAUUAUAACCUUAUUAGCACUUUUUAUAAAAUCAAUAAAAAGCGCUUAAAGGCAGUGGACACUAUUGGUAAUUGUCAAAGGCUAGCCUUCACAGUUGGUGU